AUGCCUUUCGGACAGAUGCUCUCUGGGCCACCGCGCUCGCCACCACCAUACAUCGCCUACAGGUCUGCUACCCCAAUCACGACUCGACACGCCCUCUCUUGUGACAGGGCGACACUCAUUUCUCCUCCGGAAACACCGUCUACCGAGUGCAGCGAUAUACACAUCGCCAGAAGCGAUGACCACCCACCUCCUGGGCCGUCCACCAUCACCCCCACGGCACCCUUCAUCAUCCGUCCCCACCCUACAUACGCCAUAUUCCAGUCCCCCAUCCCCGCAGAUCCAACGGAUAUCGGCGGGCUGCCAACCACGUCACACCCUUACAUGCAACUGUAUCUUCAGAACGAGCGUCUCCGCCGCCCAAAACCAUGGAGAAGCGACGAUGCCGGAAAUGCCCUGAUGAGGGAAAAUAGCUUGUUUGUACUCGGCGCGGUGGCCAUACUUCGCCAGCCCGCGCACCACAGUUUCACGGCCUUUUGGCCACCGAAUCACGAGGAAAAACAGGAAACGGUUCGCCGAAUCAGCUAUGCGGUCGGUGCGUAUAUUAUGUUCCAAUUUCUCAGCUUUAUCUACCACUUCCCGUGCGCGACUUGCCUCCUCCCUUCCCUUUCUCCUUUCCAUCCAGCAAACCUCACUGACCGUCACUCCUUCUAUCCAGAGAAUGACCAAGUCACUUUUCUUCCCUGCGAACUCUCGGAGCCUCCCUCCUUGCUUGCCGAUGUCGCCACCUUCCUUGCCGCCCAUCACGCAUACAGGGCGUCCUUCAAGAACGCCCUGAUAGAAUGGCGUACUUCCACGUCACGCUCCCGCACUACCGUGUCCUCUCUAUGCGAGCACGCACGCCCAAGCCCUGCCGUAUUGGCCUACCUCGACGGUCUUUCGAUGACUGCCGAUUUGGCCCGCGACUGCUACAUUGUGAAAGGCAUUGUUAUGGAGGCCCAGAGGGUCAAGGCGCAGAAGGCGGCGGAGGAAAAGGAAGAGAUGGAGCGGAGGGAGUUAGCAACCUGGCACAGCACUCCACGGGCGCAGGUUCAGGUCCCACAGCCCAGGAUGGGGGGCAAGGGGAAGGGGAGGAAGGUUACAGCUGUGGCUGCUCAGAAGAAGACCAAAACGGCGGUAGCACCGGAGAAGAAGGCGAAGAGGGCGAGGGCGAAGAAGGUGGUGGUGGAGAAUGUCGCCCCACGGCGGAGCGCUAGGUUGAAGAAGGAUGUUGCUGAGCCCGCUCCUGCGGUUGCGCAAGAGCCGGUGGAGGAAGCCGUGGAAGUCGAGGACGAGGUGGUCGACGUUGAGGUUGAGGUGCUAGUUGCGUCUGCGGGCACGGACGCGCGUCAAGGGGCUGAGUCUCCCGUCCGUAUCGCUUCUCCUCCCCCUGCUCCUGUCCCUGCUCCUGCCCCUGCUCGGCGCAGUGCUAGGGGCAAGCAACCCGCACCAGCCCCGGCCAUUUCAACCACUCACAUUGAGGAUGGUGUCACCCCUCCCAUUCCCACCCACACCGCUGCCUCGAACAACGCCUCCGUCGUACGCCGCACUGUGAAGAAGCUCCCGAGAAGUGGUGAUUUCGUGAUCACCUCGACCCCCAGCACCGUCAUUGGCCCCGAUAUGCCUGGUCAUCCUGGUCUGACCGCCACGGUUCCGAAGCCUGUGGUCACGGGUAAGGCGGGGAAGGGAAAAGCGAAGGCGAAGGCUGUCAAUGAUGGCGACAAUACCGAGGGCGAGGUAAUCGUGGACGAGGUGGUGCAGACGGCGGAGAACUAUAACGUGAUCUCGCGAGCGAAACCUGAUGGGUUCGCCAAAAUCAAAAUCAUCCCGCUCAACUCCGCCAAAGUCGCGGGCAGCAUACCAGCUCCAGCUACUGCCCCCUCUCCAGCUCCCCCUGCCCCUGUGCAGGCCGCAUCGCCGACACAUGCAGCAUCGGGGGCGACCGCGCCCGAGUCAACCCUCGAUUUGUCCUUGGUAGCCGCUGCUAUCAUCGAGGAGAGGGCGACGACAUCGAGCUCAAAGUCUCUCGCUUCUCAUCCCGAGGCUGUUUCUGGACCAUCCACUUCCCCGCGGCCCACACCUGAAGCCCUGCCAUCAACUCCCCCAAGACGUUACUCUCAGCUCGAAUCACGCGAGGAGGCCGGUGUUCUCAAGGGCAUCCACUCUCCACAGAAAGUUUCCGUUGUUGCCCCUGCCUCCGAGGAGAAGGACAGGCGCAAGGCUAGGGGUAGGGUUCCUGCUACCUCCACCGUCAUCACGACCACCACGGCCGCUACUACUCGUGGUACGAAGAGGAAGCGGGAAUUGGGGCACGAGCCUAGUGAGAACGACGUGUUGGUGGAUGUGGUCGGCGACACCGAGCCUGAGAUUGGGGCUGGGGAGGUGCAGGUGCAGGAACCGCGGGCGAAGCGGAUGAGGAGGAAGAGUGCGAAGGCGCGAGAUGCUGACGCUGCGAUUGCGGCGGGGGGUAAAGGGAGUGGUAAGGCAAGUGCAGCGAGGAAGAAGUGAAGUAAAUGUAGAUGACCGCUUCGAGGGACGAUAACUGUCUGUGAAGACAGUAUGAAUUUAUUCAUAUAUCUUUGUUGUAUUCCUCCUCGCAUCCGUCACCAUCCGCCUUGUAUCCGUCUCCGCCUCAGCCUCCCACUUCUUCCACCAAUACUCAAACCGCUCAUCAAUCGGUGCUGAGCCCUGACACGGACGCGCUGGCGUGCUUUUGGCCCAAGUUUUCGGCCAUCUGAUGGCGUAUACGCAGCGGUAAGCUGUCCGCACGUCCAUAGAUAUCUCGGCAUGACCAGUUCGUCAUCGUAUUGUUGUUUUGUUACUUUUUUCAUCAGUUUGUUGUUUGUUUUGUUAUCGUACGUAUCAUCUCUCGUCUCGCAUCUCGCACGGGUCCCUCGUCUGGGCCGUCUUGUGUCAUCCCCACUAUGCUUCUCUGUCCUCGCGAUGUUAUAUCAUGCUCAUCUCCGCUGUCUCAGUACUGUACUGCUUGUUUUGCGAUCUUCACGAUUUGCUACCAUCUCGCUGCAACAUGUUUUGUUGUGUUUCCUGCUACUCUCGCCUAUCCAAUCUAUCCUGUCCGUAUUUUUGUGUAUACAUCAUUCAUAUUCUCGUACAUAGCAUUAUUUCUUUUCAGAUUAUGUCUCAUCUAUCCCCUUCCACUGAAUCUAUUGGGGCGCCGCAUCGCAUCUCGUCUUGUCUCGUUCGUGGCACAAUUAUCUACUCUCUUAUAUUGCAGUCUGCUUAGCCACUCGUCUAGUUGUUUUACUAUACAACUCUUCUGCUGUGUCCGUCUAGUAUUC